GAUUGUGGGUAGUAUCGUGUCAUUUCCUGAAUUCGUUUAGAAGUACAGUUGUAUGUCAAGUCGCAUGAGUCCGCAGCUCGUGUAUUUUUAGUCGACUCUUCCACUUGGAAGAACUACAGGUUGACUGCUUGAAAAGUUAUUACCAGUAGCCAGCAAUGAGUUUGAACGAGCAUUCUUUGCAAGCUCUGUCUUGGAGAAAACUUUACUUGAGUCGAGCAAAGCUGAAGGCUACGAGCAGAACUUCAGCUCUCCUGUCGGGUUUCGCAAUGGUGGCUAUGGUGGAGGUGCAGCUGGAAGAAGAUCAUGUGUAUCCCAAAGGGCUGCUGAUAGCCUUCAGCGCCUGCACCACUGUCCUUGUGGCAGUGCACCUUUUCGCCCUGAUGAUCAGCACCUGCAUCCUGCCAAACCUGGAGGCCGUCAGCAACGUUCACAACUUGAACUCAAUCAACGAGUCGCCCCAUGAGCGCAUGCACUGCUACAUUGAGCUGGCCUGGGCCUUCUCCACUGUCAUCGGCACCCUUCUCUUCCUGGCUGAGGUGGUUCUGCUGUGCUGGGUCAAGUUCCUGCCUCUCAGUCCCUCAACUGUUAAAAAUAGCACCGACAAUUAUGGGAGGCAGGCAGCCAUUGUCUCCACCUCCAUUAUGGUGCCGUUUGGACUGGUUUUUAUUGUGUUCGCUGUGCACUUCUACCGCUCUCUGGUCAGUCACAAAACUGACCGUCAGUUUCAGGAGCUGGAGGAGCUGUCCAAUAUCACCCGGCUGCAGAACCAGCUGGACUACAGGGCAGAGACGACCAGUCUGCAGCCCUCCUCCGCCGACUUCCCCUAACGGGAGCACACACAAGUAGGGAGUUGGAGCAGUACACAGCUGUAAGAAAUGUAUUAUUGACUCGUUUUUUUUGUAUCUAUUUGCAUGAGCACCAUGAAAGGAUACUUUAUAUAGUAAUAUAUUUCUUCAGAUGUUUUGUAUUGGGAUUUGGACUCUGCUCUAGGCUUUUUUCUACUUGUGUAAAUAGUUGGGGAGAGGUCAGAAGAAUUUGCUUUGUAUUGUUCACUAGUUUGGACUCAAGCCACUUUUUUUUUUACUUUGCUGCAUGUCUAUUGUCUUCCUUAUGGCUUCAGAAACAGAUCUGAAUAGCUGAAUGUGAGUGAGCAUCUGUGUGAAAUUGGUUUUUAAAUGUUUUGUAAUCUUCAUUACAUAGAUGAUAUUUGUAGUUAUGUCACAUACACAACUACACUAAGUUCUGUCUAUGGUGGCUGGGGAACACAAAGUGUGGGAUGAACAUACUGUAAGAUAACAUUUUGUGAAGUAGUUGGAUUUUAAUUUAACAAAAUGAUAACCGGCCAAUUUUCAUGAAAGGAAAACUGGUCAGGGGAGCAUAAUAUGUAAUAACUGCUGUAAUACUGCUGGUGCAAGGGAAGAGCAGAAUUUAGAUUUUUAGUCAGUCUGGAAUAUAUACCUUAUAUAUUUUAAUAUUUUAAAGUCAGUACAAUUGAUCAGAUUUGCUCUGAUGGUCAUUUGAUGAGUUAAUGUAUUUUAAGCACGCUACUGUUACACGAUAGACAAAUACAAGUGUGGAAUUUGAAAUGUACACUACCGUUCAAAAGUUUGGGGUCAUUUAGAAAUGUCCUUAUUUUUGAAAGAAAAGCCAAUUUUUUGUCCAUUUAACAUAACAUCAAAUUGAUCAGAAAACGUCAGAUUGACGUCAGAUGACUUGGAAACGUCAGAUUUUUUAUGGAACAUCUGCCCAUUAUCAGCAACCAUCACUCCUGUGCUCCAAUGGCACGUUGUGUUAGCUAAUCCAAGUUUAUCAUUUUAAAAGGCUAAUUGAUCAUUAGAAAACCCUUUUGCAAUUAUGUUAGCACAGCUGAAAACUGUUGUGCUAAUUAAAGAAGCAAUAAAACUGCCCUUUAGACUAGUUGAGUAUCUGGAGCAUCAGCAUUUGUGGGUUCGAUUACAGGCUCAAAAUGGCUAGAAACAAAGAACUUUCUUCUGAAACUCGUAAGGCUAUUCCAUGUGAGAAAUUGCCAAGGAACUGAAGAUCUUGUACAAUGCUGUGUACUACUCCCUUCACAGAACAGCGCAAACUGUCUCUAACCAGAAUAGAAAGAAGAGUAGGAGGCCCCGGUGCACAACUGAGCAAGAGGACAAGUACAUUAGUGUCAAGUUUGAGAAACCGAUGCCUCACAAAAACAAGGGCAUUUCUAAGUAACCUUAAACUUUUGAAUGGUAGUGUAUUUGUUUAUCCUUUUCCCCGACAUUAUGUAAUUAUUAGACUGGUUGGGAUAUGGUUCCCAGUUCCUCAUGUCAGGUUGAAAUACCAUCUUCAAUGUGAAGUACUUUUCUUAAAGAUAUUGUAAAGCUCUGUUUGUUUUGCAUUUAUGACAAAUUACAAGUAGCUUCUAGAGAAAAUACUUAAAACUAGAGGUCAAAUUAAUAAAUGCAUUUUUAUGGAGGCAAAAUAUUCAGAUCUUUGUCUUCGACCUUUUAAUGUGAUCCAAGUGCACAUAUUUACUUUCAUCAAAUAACGGCACAUGAUCUUCUGUUUUUAUUAUUUAUGAGUCAAUUGUGAAUAAGUGUUCUCUAUUUCAUAUGGUCCACUAACCAAAGGACAUCCAGCCAACUUGACACAACUGUGGGAAAUAUUGGAGUCAACCCGGAACGCUUUCAACACCUUGUAGAGUCCAUGCCCCGACAAAUUGAGGCUGUUCUGAGGGAAAAAGGGGGGGGGUGCUAUUCAAUAUUAGGAAGGUGUCCUUAAUAUUUUGUACUCAGUGUAUACUGUAUUAUGAUUGUAACAUCCCCCUUAAAUGCCAUUUGAGGCCAAGAUUUGUAAGAGGUCUUUGAGUGCCUGGGGCUUAUGAAACCCCACACAGUUAUGUUUACCAUAUGAAUACACUGCAUUGUCUGGUGCCAAAUCAUUGUCUUAUACUGUAAAUCUGUUACAUUGUGGUGAGACUCCAAAGGGCAGAGGAUUGGAAUGACCUCUUUAUUAGACAAUCAUUAUACAUUUUGUAUAUUUGAUUACGUUAUGCAUAACAACCCUAUGCCUACUGAAAAUCCAUCUUAUGUUGCUUCAUUUAUUCAUAUUAAAGUUUUAAAAAAAUA